AACAAACUCUCUCAGGAAGCAGAGAGUUUUGUUUGGUUAGGAAAACUGUCUCUUUUAUUAUUGUUAGGAAAAGGAUCAAAGGAAGUUCAAAUUAAAACAAGCCAUCCGACUUCCCGCACAAAUUCUUAUUAGGUGACUUGUUCUUUUUGAACUGGAAAGAACUGGAAACUUGACGAACCCUAAACCCAGAAAUUCACCACUCUCAUUCUUCUCAAACCCUAACAUUUCCUACUUUUUGGAUGCUCUGAAGCAGUUGGAUAACGCAAGGAUUCCCAACAAUGGCGUCAAAAGAGCCGGAGGAGAAGUGCAGUAACACCAAAACAGGAGAAGAAACAAUUGCUUUAGAGAAGAAACGUUCAAAAUCGAGGAGGGUGAGCUUCGCCGAAACCACGGCAAUUCACAUGUUCAUCAGGGACGAAGAGUGCGAGACGCCUUCGGAGAAUGUCCGGUUGCAUAGGAGUGAGAGUGACGAGAUAAGAGAGUUGCUUGCUUGUGGUGAUGAUGAUUCUGAUGCUGGUCACCUUGAUCACGGAACUGUUGUCGAUACCUCUUUCUUACGGCCUUUGGAAUCACCGUCUCCUGGCAGCUACUUUGGCUCGGCUACCUCCAACGACGAGGAUAACUUCUUUGGCCCUGUAUCAGCUGAGUUCAUUAAACCUGGACGAUUAUCUGACUCUGCAGCCUCUGAUGAAAAUCAUGAUGUAACUAUGGAUUCAACGGCCUUUUCUAUGCACUACCGUAGUCUAGCAAUGUCAGAUGGAGGAGAGUUUAAAACUCCAACUGGGGCUCGUUUAGCAUUUGUUGAGAGAACUUCUGGUCAAAUAUCCACCACCACAAGUGGUGAGGAUUUGAUGAUAUUGACCGCUUCCAGAAAGCGAGAUUCUGGUUCUUCUUUACUUGCUCAUACAGUUAAUGGCAGUGGAAAUUCAGAUGACAUGAGUGUUGUGGACGAAAAUCCCCAUAGGUAUGAUUAUGGGGAGCUGCCUCCUGAAUUAGAUGUAUUAUUGGCUGAAGAGGGGAAAGAAGAGGGCAAAGAUGUGGGCGCUAUCUCUCUAACUAGUUACGUUGAGCGUCCAAACUCUAUUAAUUCCUUCAGUGCGGAUGCUGGAUCUGGUUUACAUGAUAUUGGGUUUCAGCAUUUGGAUAUAAACAGUAAAGAUAUAGAUGAUGACCAUGUUUCUGACAUGAAAGAGAUAUCCAAUGGUGCAAUUUCUGCAGUUCAUGUGAAUAUGGACAAUGGAAAUGAUGGUAUUCCUCAUGCUAGUCUUGGUGAGACUACUCAUAAUGCCCGAAUCGGCAUGGAUGACAACCUGUUUCCUGUAAUUCUCUCUGUUGAUCAGACUAAAACUCCGAUCCUUCCGGCAAAUGUCAUGCAAGUUGACAUGGAUGAGGAAGCAAGGAAAAGAGAAGUAGAAGCUAGUGGGAAAUUUCUAUCCCCUCUGUUAAGUUCCCAGUCCAAUUUUAAUCAUGAGCAGCCUAUUGCAGGCUCUAUUUCCUCAUUACUUGCUAAACGUAGAGAGAUAUUUAGGGUCUCACCAAAUAAUAAAUUAGAUCUGAUUGUGUCUGAAAAGGAGUUCUGUAACAAAGGAAGCAAACAUGUCUUGAGUGCAUCAUCUUUUGAGAAAGGUGUUUCUGGACUCAAAAGGCGUGAAGCUUUUUCAUUUGUUUCUGCUUCAAAGGUUGAGGGUAAUGCUUCAAGACUAAUGCCUUCAAAGUCUGUAAUCAUUUCCUCAAUCAGAAAUAAGGUUAACAAAAACGUUUUGAUAAAUAAUUUGGCUGCUCCUGUGGCUUGCUUGGAUAAACAUUUUUCAAAUGUUGCUGAGGAUGGUGGAGGAUGCCAAAAUAUGGAGAAGAUGGGUAGAUAUGAUUUGAGGACCUUGGGAGAUGCACAGUUUGCAACUUUGAACUCUCAGGAUAAAUCUACAAAGUUUACUGGUAUUAGUGUUUCUCCUUUGGUACUUUCAAAAGAAAAAAAAAGAGACCCUUACAUGUCAAAGAGUAACUAUAAGACAGAAACAGUAGAAUCUACAUUAAUUGAUUGCUCUGUGUUGGAAAGCACACACAAUGAUAACAGGGUAACAGGGAUUCUUGAUAAGACUGAUUUUUUUCCUGAGUCCAGCAUGGAAAGGAAGGUAUCAGCCUCUCCACUCUAUCAAGGAAGCGAUUCCAAGAAUGAGAAGCAGCAGGCUGAGUCCGUUUCAAAGCUUGACCAAGAUGUAAGACAUAACAAGGCAGAUGACUUAGUUUCCGGAUCUGAAAAUUCUACUUCUUUACUUAUUGAAAGAAAGGAAGAGGCUAAGAGGUCUUCCUCUAAUGUCAAAAUUUCCGAAAUUGUUUCACAAGAGAUGCAAAAUGAUGAAUCCAUGCUUGGAAAAUCUUUUGGUUACCCUGUGAUCCCCACAUGCUUCCAAGCUGCUUCCAUAGAUAAGGCCUCCGAAUCAUCCAAAGAAGUUAUCACAAGUGCCAAUGUGGAAGCUGGAACCAUUUCUGCAAGGGAACUUGCAAUGGAAAACAUUACUUCUUCAAAUGGAUUGGCUCCAACUUUGGAUAAUAAUCAAAAAGCGCUGCUGAUUCAGGCGUCCAAGAGUCCUAAAGAGCUAUCAUGUAGCCUGUUGCAGAAGAAGCCAUCAAGCUCGACAGAUGAUGCAAAUGCGCAUCUUUUGGUUGGAAACACUGUUUUGUCUCCUAGAUCCUAUCAGGUCAACAGCAAACAUGCUGAAAACGAUCAGCUCUCACUAAAACCAUCUAAUGACAGUGAUAUCUCUUCUAACCUUAAAAGGAAAUUAUUUGAUAAAGCUGAGGAUGGUUAUGAUGAAAUCGCUUCAUUCCAGUGUAAAGAAAGAUUAUGUAAAGUUCAGAAGCACUGUGAGGGAGAUACAAAGAUACCACAUCGCAUUGGAAGUGAUGCAGCAGCAAGAGAUUGGGUGGAUGUUUUUACCAGCUUCAAUGGCAUGACCAAAUUGUUGCCUUCAUCCAUUCAUAAGUUGGAUAUGGCACAGAUCAGGAUCCUGAAUGAUGUUUUGGUCCACCUAGACAAGAGAAAUUUUUUUGAGCUGCUUCAUCGUGACUUCUGCUCUCAGAAAGUACUUGACAAUGCAAGCUUUCCUCAAAUCAAAAGAUUGGCGGACACAAAGUGGCUUCUUCAUAGAUCUCUUUAUGAAAAAGCAAAACUACAGCUAAUGCAUCUAGAGCGAGACAUAUUAUUGGACCGAGUUAGUCAAUUGGAUUCCAGAGUUGAUGAAUUAAAAAUGUUGACAUCAAGCUGUCGAGGUUCUGGUCAAAAAAAUGUUGAAAUAAACCGCUUUCCACCAGGAUAUUGUCCUAUUGAUCUUAACGAAACGAUUUUGGUUGCUGCUGACAUUCCUUCACUGAGGAAGGAAUUGGAGGUGUCUGAAAGAAAAGUAGGGAACUUAAAUAAAUCCUUCCAUGCUUACAGCAAGGUCAUGAAAGAACUAACCUGCACCGAGAUAACUGUGCCUGUCAAGAAUCUUAUCAGGAAGAGGGUGGCUUGUCGAUCACUGCAAUCAGAAUUUCAGCUAUGUCAAGUGGGGAACAUAAAGGCUGUGGAUGGAAAACCAAAUAUUCUUUUCGAGCAUGCUGGCAUAAUGUCCCAGAGGUUCACUGUGAAGAGCAUCUCUACCUAUGGUCUAUUUAUAUCAAAUACAUUGAACAAUGCGAAGAUUUCUAAGAUGUUCCACGGCGUGGAUGCCUGCAGUGCUUUUUCGUUUGUUUUGUCUGGUGAAACUAACCGCGUAUAUUCUGGAUUUCGGACUAUUGCAGAAGAAAUGCAGAAAUGCUCUUCAUCAUUGCAUACUCUGCUUGAUGUUGUUGAAGAAGUUGAGCUAGGGAUGAUUGAGCUUAGAAAUCUCACUGCCAUUAGUUUUUUGCAGACUUCAGCUGGAAAGCUCGAUUUGCAAAUCUGUUUCACUGAUUUCAACAGCGGUGCGAGAGUGGCCGUGACUAUUGAUAUCACUUGUUUGAAGCGGGGAGUUUAUCCUUCAGAGGUCCUUCCGCAUGAGGUGCAAGGAAGGGCCGCUAGAAGAGACAAGUCUUUCGAGUUGCUGUUGGAAAAUAUUAAGAGUGCUCUUUGCGGUGUUAGAUGUGGAUAUAUGAGGAUAUUAAGUAUAUGUCGUUGUAUUUCUAGGACAUUGAAGGUGAUUGUAUAAGUAGGUAGAAAUCUAUUAGCGGAGUAACUCAUGUUGACUUGUAAGUUGUAUAUUUUGUACCUCGAAAAUGUGACGUUAAUGUUGCUUGAAUGCUUCUCUUUGUGGUAAAUUUUCAUGUACAAUGAUAUAUAGUUUGGCUAA